AGAGACACGGGCAUGUUCCUUUGUAGCAAAGGUAAAUAAACUAAUAAAGAAAGAAGAUCCCAAAACUCUCUCUCUCUCUGUUUGAGGCGAGUCGGUGGCGGACUCAAUGGGUCAGGAAUCGUUCAUCUACAGCUUCGUGGCGAGAGGCACUAUGAUCCUGGCCGAGUACACGGAGUUCACAGGCAACUUCCCGUCGAUAGCAGCACAGUGUCUCCAGAAGCUUCCUUCCUCUAGCAACAGCAAGUUCACUUACAACUGCGAUCACCACACCUUCAACUUCCUCGUCGAAGAUGGCUUCGCAUAUUGUGUGGUGGCGAAAGAUGCUCUAAGCAAGCAAAUCUCGAUCGCAUUUCUGGAGAGGGUGAAAGCUGAUUUCAAUAAACGGUAUGGGGGCGGAAAAGCAAGUACAGCUAUCCCCAAAAGUCUCAACAAGGAGUUCGGGCCGGUAAUGAAAGAACACAUGAAGUAUAUUGUAGACCAUGCAGAGGAGAUUGAAAAGCUAAUCAAAGUCAAGGCUCAAGUUUCAGAAGUCAAAAGUAUAAUGUUGGAGAAUAUUGACAAGGCAAUCGACAGAGGAGAAAAUCUGACGGUUCUUACUGACAAGACCGAGAAUCUACGCUCUCAGGCGCAAGAGUACAAGAAACAAGGGACACAAGUGAGGAGGAAACUGUGGUACCAGAACAUGAAGAUAAAACUUGUGGUUCUCGGGAUCUUGCUACUACUCGUUCUCAUUAUCUGGCUUUCGGUUUGUCACGGUUUUAACUGCACUGAUUGAAGACAACUUCAGAACGUGUUGUUAGAGAGCCUUUGACGAGGAGGGGUAGACUGAGGGAGAGGGACAAAAUGAUAUUUACUUUGGAUGUUGUAUGAUUAAAAGUUGUUCUUUUUUUAGCUACGGACCAGGACCAUUUGCAACUUGCACGUUGCGUAGCAAUCAGUUGCAAUGAAAUGUAUUCUUUACUUUCAUCCUUCAAGAACAACUUAUAUUUAGCCCGCAAUGAAAUGUAUUCUUUACUUUCA